CAUUCCAUAAAAUCCAGAAGAAUCUCAAUGAUUUUUUACGACUCGUCCAGUUGAUCGAUUAUUUACAGUUAAAUUGAACAGAUUUCGUUGAGAAAAUAACGAUUUAGUGCGAGGUUUUUUAGAUAUCUUGUAAAUAUCAUUUUAAAGAGGAGUGGUGAUUAUUCUCCGAUGGGAAUCAAAGGAAAUUGAGGAUGGGUCAGUGAUGGAGGGCCCGGAAAGCUUCAGAUGUUUCCCCUGGAUGCGCCACUCCGGACAGAAACUAGUGGUUACUAAUUUAAACGAUAAAAAUAGUAAAAGCAACAACAAGCGGAAGGCCGAUCAGCCUGAUCAGCCGAUUUAUCGAAGAUUGAGUCAAGUGAGGAAGGAUGCGAUUUUUGGGGCUGCCCAAGUCAUUAAAAAUGAGGAAUUCCCGAUUUUUAAAAAGACUCUUGAGGAGAAAAAACGGAUAACAGAGGCUAUACGGCGCAAUGAUUUUCUCUACAAGAUGGAGGAGCACCAGGUGGACAUGAUCGUAUCCAAGAUGUACCCAAAAGUCUUCCAGAAGAGAGCUAGAUUGAUCAAGGAGGGAGAUAUCGGGCAUCACCUGUAUGUGUCUGAAACUGGGGACUUUGAGAUAUUCAAGGGGAGCGAGUUCCAGGGUAGCUUCGGCCCUGGAGUGGCCUUCGGGGAGUUGGCGUUAUUAUACAACGUAAAAAGAGCAGUUUCAGUCGAUGUUAAACCUGGGGGUAAAGUGUGGGUGCUGGAACGCGGGGCGUUCGUCGCAGCGAGAAUAAAAAAUGCUCAGGAAAUAAUUGAGAGCAAUAUUGAGGCGCUCAGAAAAAUUCCACUGCUCAAAGAUCUGCCCCGACACGUUCUGUCAAAAAUAUCGGACCUGAUGCACGUGGAGUUCUUCACCGUGGGCUCCUACAUCCUCAAGCAGGGUCACGUCGGUGAUAAAUUCUACAUAAUAAAUUGUGGAAGAGUGAGAAUCACGAAAACUGGUGAUAAUGGACAGGAGACAACACUCGCAGUGCUGGAGGAAGGCGAUUACUUUGGGGAAAAAGCACUCUAUGAAGCUGGUGGAAAUAGGAGACAAGCUAAUGCCAUUGCUGAUGAUCGAGGCGCUGAAUGUCUAGCCAUUGAUCGAAGGACUUUCCUGAACUAUCUAGGCGAUCUGGACUCCAUAAAGAAGAGAGACUGGGAUUCAGAGUAUGAAAUUAGAAAACGAUCCCUCAAUGUUCAAUGGAUAAGCGAUUAUCCGGAUGUUAAAUUAUCCGAUCUCGAGAUUAAAGCUGUUAUUGGUGAGGGAAGCUUUGGUAGAGUUCAUUUAGUCACGACUAAAUCAAUUCCAAAUGUUAGUUUUGCGUUGAAGAGAAUAAAGAAGUGUCUCGUUAAGAAUCUGGAUCACCAGAAAUACAUUCUGGAUGAGAAGUACAUAAUGAAGGCCUGCAAAUCACCUUUCAUUUGUCGACUUCAUCAGACUUAUAAAGACCCGAAAUACGUCUAUUUCCUGAUGGAGGCAUGCCUGGGAGGCGACUUGAGAACUCUUUUGUACAGAAAUUUCAAGUUUGAUAACUCAGCAGCGAAAUUCGUAAUUGCCUGCACGGUUGAGGCUCUGGAUCAUCUCCAUUCACGAGAUAUUGUUUAUAGAGACUUGAAACCGGAUAAUAUUCUGCUGGAUUCACGUGGCUAUGCUAAACUGACUGAUUUUGGGACUAGCAAACGAAUAGGGCCGUACAAGACCUGGUCAUUCGUUGGAACUCCUGAAUAUAUGCCCCCUGAAAUUAUUCUAGAAGAGGGACAUGACAGAGCUGCUGACUAUUGGUCCCUGGGUAUCACCAUAUUCGAGCUACUAACGGGUCGUCCGCCCUUCGAUGACGACAACAAAGUGCGACUUUAUCAUAAAAUAGUGGAUGGAGUGGACUCUCUGCAAAUGCCAGACCUCAAAACCAGUGCUCAGAGCAUUAUAAAGAAAUUAUUGCGUCCUAAACCGGUGGAACGGCUGGGUUACCUCAAGGCGGGCAUUAGUGACAUCCGAAACCACCCUUGGUUCUCCCUAUUCGACUGGAAAGCUCUCCGCAAUCAAACCCUGCGAUCUCCGAUAAUUCUCAAGGUGAACAAUCCUCUGGACACUAGACACUUCGACAAAUAUCCCCUGGAGCGAGAGGUAGCCGCCAACGAUUUCUCAGGAUGGGACGCCGAUUUCUGAGUUCCAAAAUUCAUCAUAAAAACAAUUAAACAAUUCACGAUUCACACCAAACCCAAAAGAUUACACAAAUAAACAUAACAGACAUCACGUUGGCGCCAUUAAUCAUCCGAACAAAGAGCAUUUCCAAUUUUUAAACACUGAAUUAAUUAUAAAACACAUUAUCCGGGUUAAGUCACCUAAAUAAUAAUCUAGGAUUGAUUACGCAGUCUGAAAUAAUAAUUUUUACACUCCCGCUAAUUUGAUAGUCGAC